GGUCUCCCGGCAGUCAGAUUCGGCCAGCAUUGCCAACUGUAUUCACUUCAUGUGGUCGGUGCGUCCUCAUCCCACGCUUUUCGCCACGCCCUCCCCAACUUUACAACUGGACGAUUGCCACUAUAAAGAGUGGACAGCGUCCUCAACGACAAAAAGCCAAUGCAUCUGUACGGGUAGAGACGCUGUACCAAAUGCAUUCAUGUCCUUCUUUUUCUCGAUAACAAAAAAAAGCACGCGCGGAAGUUUUCACCGUAAGUAAAACAUCAAAGAAAGAAAGUGACCGGUCGUCGGUUUGCGGCAGCCACAGCAAGUCGUCCGUAACGUAAAGCGCGGACUACUACCGUUCCGUUGACGGAAGCCAACUUGAACCGCGUUGAGCAUUCAAAAUGGAGGAGUCUCGAGCGACAUCAUUUUGUGUACGGAUGUGGCUGAUCGCUACUACCGUGGUAAUCUGUCUGAUCUGUACGUGUUUCGUUAUGGUCAAAGCACCGGAAACGAAGCUGGAAGUGUCCUCGACGGACAUGCGUCUUCUCGACAGUGUGUCCGGACUAUGGUGUCAGGGGCAAGAGCUCGUCUCUACGCACAAAUUCAACGUGUACCGGUUUAUUAAUGAUCACGAACAGCAGAACCACACGAAAACUCGGAUCGAAAUUGAUAACGUACUCGUGAAGUUGCAUAUUGGACCCAGAAAACAUCAAUAUCUAAGAUACUUCCUGUUGUCAGGUUCCUCAGUGUCGGUGUCAGCUGUGUCAGAUCGCGCAUCUCAACUUUCUAUGGCCAAUGGAACAGUGAACGUUGUUAAGGGUAAGGAGGAAAUGGGCCGAUGCCUUAAAGAGCUUGACGACUACGUUACUCAUAAUGAAACCAGUAGUGAAGAAGAGGACGAUAUCCUUCCGAUAGGUCAGAGACGGUACAAGUAUCUUCGUUGGGCUGUGCGAACCCGGUUUAUAACGGCACGUCAAGGCCGGAGUAUGACCGAGGUGAAUGUCCUAGAAGAUGAUCAUUACUACAUCCUAAUCGUGAAUGACUCGAGCGACCAAGAUAUCUCAGUUACACUUCGGGUGAGUUUGACCAGAAUCAGAUUUUCGGUCGACGAUAAUGACAUUGUCUGUAACAGAGUUAAGCACUGUCUAUAUCAUAUCGGUUUUGGAACAGAAGGCCGUAUAGUGCUCGACAUCCCCCGAGAGCCGGACGCCGGUAGAAGCACAUUCAUCGUUAGGAGCGUAUGUAGACCCCGGGUAUUCUUUUACGCACUUCUAUUCAUUCUAAUCCCGAUUAUAAUGCUGCUUGUUACGGGCUUUAUCAUUAAGGCCUAUAGCACUUUGCUAAGUAUUCCUCAUCAUAAUCGCACUGAUAUCCGGUCACGAAUUGUGCGUUGCAUUCAGUCACAAAGCAAUGCCGACCUAAACAGUGGCGCUGUGAUUCCGGCAUCUUCGAUUGAACGUGGCCCAACCGUGCGACCCUAUACGCCUUCCAGACAGUAUGUCCAAGCUCUGUAUCAGAUUCCUGGUGAGCAGGGUCUUCUAGAUCGGACGCCGACUCCAGGCACGCCACCGCCUAGCUACGCGUCAUUGGAAAAAUCUCGCAAGUUAACACCCCCAGUUUGCUGCGCACAGUGCCACGAGAAGAUGCCUGAAGACACGCCUUUACUUCUACACCCACCACCAAGGAAUCGUAAUAAAGACAAUAACUAAAACUUUGCACCCAAAUCGCAAUAGAUUUCAUGAUCUGCUAGCAAUCAGUCAUUCAAUGCUUACAAGAUUAAUUUUGAUCCUCCAACGUAUCGUCCUUAAAACCUUAGGUUCUUAGAUCGGGGACACAUAUUCUUCUGUUCCAAUGACUGUGAUCGUUUUCGCUGCCUCAACGGUCACUUGCGUUUUACAAACGUAUAUUUGUUAUUCGAUGCUGAUUCAAGACAUUUUUCAGAAGCUCACAUGUGAAUUUUACCAGCAAUUUAAGAUUUACGAGUGGGUUUAUGUUAAUUAGUCAAGUAGCAUGCUGAAUCAUCAGUUGUACAGUUGUCAUGUCAUAGGAUUAUAAUAACCAUCAAACGAAGCUAGUCAGCAAAUGUACACAUCAUUUUGGGUCAUUGGCGCGGUAUUUAUUGCUUAUGUAUCGCAAAACGGGGCUUAUUUAUUGGGCGUUGGAACUGAAAGCAUUUACCGAGAGAAGAGUGGCAAUAAAAGUACUUUAAUGUUAUAAUGCGCUUGGUAUUUAAUUAUCAAAACGUUUUCGUCAUGCUGGAAAGGAUUUGAGGUGUUUUUGUCUACUCUAGACGCAAUCAACAAAACGGGUAUACGUUGUAGCUAAAUACCGAAUAAUAGAAUAACCCUGACAAGAAUUACGUACAUGAUGUACCCCUAAAACCGGGGCGGUAUUGGAUAAUAACAAUUUGAUCCCCUGAUUAGGUUCUAUUAUUCCUAUUUUUCAAUACCAAAUAAAUGUUAUAUAGAUCACACGUUGGUUCUUCAUAUAUACUAAUAUUAACUUAUUACAGCUCCCUGUUUGGUCGUAUUGAUUCCCAAGUUCAUAGGACUUUUACUUAAUAACACAAAGAAAGUAUGUGACACAUACAAACAGCAUUUAUAUAGCAUAAAUUAUAUACUAAUUAUUUAAAAAGUACGACAGAUGUACUGCAUCGAUGUCGAAAUCACAUGCACAUACUUCAAACGGAGCUAUUGUUUACGAUUUGAUUUCGCGCCACGACUUUAGGAUCUACGGUGUACAUUUGCUUCGAAGGUUACCAAUUGUUAACUCAUAAUAACGGUUUGUAAGAUCAGCAACUUGUACAGUUGUGAGAAGGUGAAACAGGAAAUCCAGUUACAAGUAUUUUGUUAUGAUGCCAAGUAGAUCGAAUCUAUUUAUCGUAUAUAUUUCUUUUGGCCCAUUUCAUAGACACUCAGCUAGUACGUAUCUCCCGUAAAUUCUACGACUGACUGCGCUUGCAUUGGUUGUUACGACAGAGAUAGCCUCAAACUGAGAUAGUGUCAACACCAGGUUGGUGCGUUGGAAAUGUCGAUGCCAGAUUGCGGCAUGUCCCUACCAAGCGUUCAACCGAUCGAACAAUUUACAUAGGUCUACCCGGUAGACUGCGCGAAGGUCAACUGGUAUUGAAGCGGUUACCUGCAGAUACGUAACCGCUUACUCUGCUAGCAGUUGAUCCUUUCGUCACAAGAGUGGUGUAUCGGAGAGUAAUUCUGGCAUGCUUGUCAUUGAUAUCAUUAAACUACUCAGGCACAACUUCCCUGACUCCUUAACAAGGGAGUGCAGCAAAAUGUGUAAAUUUUACGAGCAAUCAAUGAGAAUUUUCUUUCUUUAUUAACUAGAAAUUUGUUGAUAAUUGAUACGAAUUGUAUUAUUCGCAAACUGAUGCGUUCCGCAUAGCAGUAAGUCAUAUGAGUCCUAUUCUCUUUGGAGGCCAAGUUUUAGUAGGAUCAUCUGUAUGGUAUUUCAAAUACAUAUGACAUAAGACACUGAUGAUGAUUGCAGCAGCCUGAAGACUUUUAGUUUUUGUAAUCUCCUUUAAAUGAUAUCACCUGCAGUGGUAAACUUCCUGCAAAUUUUACUCUAAAAACUGCGUUUAUUUUAUCAGAGAAACAAAGAACCAUGAACGGCUAUAACCGCAUUUUUAUUCCUCACAAUAGCAGAAUUUUCAUUUAUAUUUACCAAAAUUCGACCAUCCUCUA